UAAACUCUUUCAUGAUAAGGGUAAUUAUUAAUUUUGAAGAGAGAACGCAGCCUUCAAAUAUUGCCCUUUCAUCUUCCAUAUCCUGAACUUCCGAGCUGCUCUUUUGAAGUGAAUGUAAUGUGUCACUUUGUGAUGGUGCAUGGAUCAGGCUAUGGGGCUUGGUGCUGGUAUAAAGUUGCAGAUCUACUUCUGAAAGCCGGCCACAAUGUAUCUUCCCUUGACAUGGCCGGCGGAGGUAUAGAUCCUAGAGACGCCGACACCAUAUCUUCUUUACAAGAGUACAAUCAGCCACUCACAGACUUCUUUACAGCUCUUCCUUCAGACGAGAAAGUUGUAUUGGUUGGUCACAGCGCUGGUGGAUUCAAUUUGAGUUUUACCAUGGAGCGUUUUCCAGAUAGAAUUGCUGCUGCUGUCUUUGUUACUGCCUUCAUGCCCCUCAGUGGAACAACUUUCUCUGAUGUGAUCACUGAGGUCGCAUCAAUAGUUGGAGACUUCGGAGACUCCACAUAUUACUACGGAAAUGGGAAAGAAAAUCCGGCCACAUCCUUCAGAUUUGGCACCCAGUUUACUAGACAUUUUUUAUCACAGAACAGUCCUUCUUGGGAUCUAAUGUUGUGGGAUUCACUGGAGAGAAAGUUUCCUCUAUGGCAAGAACCUCUUUUGUAUACAGUUAAAAACUAUGGAAGCGUUAAGAGAAUAUACGUUGUUGCGAAGGAAGAUAAAUUACUUGUGGAGGCGUACCAGAGAAAGAUGAUUGCAGAGAAUCCUCCACAAAUGGUUUACGAAAUUGAAGGAUCUGAUCAUACCAUAGUGUUUUCCAAGCCUCUUCAUCUGGCUGAGGUGCUCAUACAAAUUGCUAAGAUAUGUGUGUGAAAGUGAAGCAAUCAGAUGCAGAUGGAUUUUAGUAAAAUUUGGGACAUCUCAAAAUCCUACAAUAAACUUUGUCACAUGUCAAUUAUUAUAUACUAUUAAACUUUA